AUGCUAUUCAUAUCUUCACUUAUACUGUGGAAAUCCUCUUGUCAAUUUCUAUAUUUUAAUUUGCGCAGUUGAUAAUGCCAUUACAAAAUGUUUUUGCACGGUUUUUUGGUUCACACUAUACACUUUUCAUUGUUUUGACAUCAAACCUAUCGAUAUUUGUUAAUGGAAUGACAAUGGCAUGGUCCUCACCUGUUUUAGUGAAACUCAGCAUGAAAGAUGAUAAUCCUCUAGGAAAACCAAUAACUUCACAACAGAGUGAUCUCAUAGGAUCUCUUCUAUUUUUCUCUGCAGCAGCUGCACCCCUUCUGUUUAUGAGAAGCUCCGAAAUCUUAGGAAGAAAACAGACAAUAGUUUUAUGCCUCCUUCCAUCUCUAUUGGGUAAUGGGAUUCUAGUGUUCGCCAGAAGAGUGGAGCUGUAUUAUUUAGCCAGGAUAUUGAACGGUUUAACUAUUGGACCUGUCUAUGGAUUAGUACAAUCCUAUCUAUCGGAAAUUAUUUUUUCAGUGAAAAAAAGAGGACCAUAUCUUGCAAUAAACUCACCAGCCAUACAGGCAGGUAUACUGUUCGCUUAUAUUAUUGGUCCGUAUGUCCCUAUCGCUAUAUUUAACGCAGUCAUAUUCUUUUUAACCUUCUUAACUGUUAUUUUGAUUACUUAUGGAUGCCCCGAGAGCCCAUAUUUUGUGUUGAAAUCCAAGGACAAGAAAGCCUCAUUGAAUAUAUUGAAGCAAUUGGAUGCAAAAGAUGUGGAAAAGGAACUUAUGCAAAUCGAAGAGGAUUUGCUUAAAGAGACACAAACUUCGAUUUUUGCCGUGUUCAAAUCAAAAGAGAACAUGAAACCCUUCGUCAUGGCGACUUUGUUACAAGGUUUGCAGCAAUUUUCAGGUAUAGGUAUUUUGAUGGCUUACAGUCAACAGAUUUUCAUGAGUAGUAGCGAAAUAUUGCCCUCGGAACAGUGUUCGAUACUGGUGGGAAUCAUUCAACUUUUGUCGGCUACCACUUCAACUAUCACAUCAAAAAAAUUUCCAAGAAAAUCUUUAUUGAUAGUGUCAUUGUUGGGAUCAGGUUUUUUUGAUUUGAUCCUCGGCCUAUACUUUUUCUUUGCGAAAAGUUUAAUUGGUUUUAACUGGAUACCACUAGUUGCUUUGGUAUUAUUUGUAAUUUUUUAUAACUCAGGAUUGGAUCCUAUCCCUUGGAUAUUUUUAGGGGAGGUAUUUCCUUCUCAUUUGAAAUCUGUUGGAACUUCUGCCGUAGUUAUUAUUAAUUGGAUAUUAUUUUCUAUUUCAACGUUUGCAUUCACUAAAUUUGAUGUCUAUUUUUUAUUUCUUGCUUAUUCAGUGAGCUGUUUCUUAGGAGUUUUCUAUGUUAAAAUAUUUUUAACUGAAACCAAAGACAAGACUUUGAGAGAAAUUCAAAUGGAAUUGGAGAAAUAAUAUUAACUGUUCAGUGAACAUUCAAUCUUACAAGUAAAUGAGAAAUUUUUUGAAUGUUAUUAGUUGUACCAUAUUAUUUGUGAUGUUUGGGUUUGAGAAAUAUUUUUUCGUUAUUAUUGAUAUUAUCUACGAACAUCCUAACCUAUUCACGAAAAUAUUCUUCAUUUUCAUUUAGAAUAUAUGAUUUUUUACCUAUAUUCCUAGAUGACAUUUUCAUCCUUCAUAAUUGAAUAGAAUAGAAACAUGUUACAUGAUAAUCAUAAAUGUCACAAUAAUGAAAUGCAUAAUAUGAUCGUACUUCAAAUGAUAGUUCUGUUUUGAUUUAAAAUAUAUUUCGAGUAGAAGUAAGCUGAUACGAUACCCGUAUGAAAGUAUAACAAUAAUUUGAGACGAAUAACUUGUGUAAAUCAUAGUAAAUAAUUAUGGUUGAGUGUAAUUUUUCUACAGAAAUAAAAACAGAACAUCCUUUAUAAUCA